AUGAGUGCAAUGGUGCAAAGUACAGAAGCAUGCUCCAGCGAUUGGGCAAAAGUCACCCCUCGUAUAACUUUAUUGGAUUUAUGUCAGGGUGGACUUUUGCUUCUUACAUUUGCCCUCAAUAAAAUUAUUUUCUCAGGCCUGUUCAGAGGGUGGAUAAUUGACGUUUUACAUGGAAAGAGCCUUAGGGAAAGUGGGGGUGACGGGAUUGAUUCCUUGUUGGCGAGCAGAGAAGGGCGUUAUUACUUACUAAGCACACAAACAUUUACAAUACAUGUAGCUUCUGAUUUCAGCCUGGCUUUUGUACUGGCAGGUGAGGAUGCAAUGACAGGUGAUACGGACAAAUACCUUGGACCCCAGGAUCUGAAAGAGCUGGGAGAUGAUUCUUUGCCUGCUGAAGGAUACAUGGGCUUUAGCCUGGGAGCCCGCUCUGCCAGCCUCCGCUCCUUCAGUUCGGAUAGGUCCUACACGCUGAACAGAAGUUCUUAUGCCCGAGACAGCAUGAUGAUUGAAGAACUGCUGGUACCAGCAAAGGAUCAGCACCUGACGUUUCAAAGGGAAUUUGAUUCUGAUUCUCUCAGACACUAUAGCUGGGCUGCAGACACCUUGGACAAUGUUAACCUUGUUUCAAGUCCCAUCCAUUCUGGUUUCCUGGUUAGUUUUAUGGUUGAUGCACGUGGGGGUUCGAUGAGGGGUAGUCGCCAUCAUGGAAUGAGAAUAAUUAUCCCACCACGCAAGUGUACAGCACCGACCCGCAUCACCUGCCGCUUGGUAAAGAGGCAUAAACUGGCCAGCCCUCCACCGAUGGUUGAAGGAGAAGGAUUAGCGAGUAGACUUGUAGAAAUGGGGCCAGCCGGGGCACAAUUUUUAGGCCCUGUCAUAGUGGAAAUCCCGCAUUUUGGAUCAAUGCGAGGAAAGGAAAGAGAACUAAUCGUACUUCGAAGUGAAAAUGGUGAAACGUGGAAGGAGCACCAGUAUGACAGCAAACAUGAAGACUUAACCGAAAUACUCAAUGGCAUGGAUGAAGAGCUGGACAGCAUUGAGGAGCUAGAGAAGAAGCGUAUUUGCAGGAUCAUCACAAAAGAUUUCCCUCAGUACUUCGCGGUGGUUUCACGAAUCAAGCAGGAGAGUAACCAAAUCGGCCCAGAGGGUGGGGUACUGAGCAGCACAACGGUGCCGCGUGUCCAGGCGUCCUUCCCCGAGGGUGCUCUAACCAAAAGAAUCCGCGUGGGGCUGCAGGCUCAACCAGUUCCAGAGGAGAUUGUCAAAAAAAUCCUUGGAAACAAAGCAACUUUCAGUCCCAUUGUUACUGUGGAGCCAAGAAGAAGGAAAUUUCAUAAGCCAAUAACCAUGACAAUUCCUGUGCCGCCUCCGUCGGGAGAAGGUGUAACCAAUGGGUACAAAGGGGACACAACGCCCAGCCUUCGACUUUUAUGUAGCAUUACAGGAGGUACUUCACCUGCGCAGUGGGAGGAUAUCACAGGCACCACUCCGCUGACGUUCUCAAAUGACUGUGUCUCAUUCACAACCAAUGUUUCAGCCAGAUUUUGGCUUGCAGACUGCCAUCAAGUACUAGAGACUGUUGGGCUGGCAACACAGCUUUAUAGAGAAUUAAUAUGUGUUCCUUAUAUGGCAAAGUUUGUGAUAUUUGCCAAAAUGAAUGACCCUGUGGAAUCCAAUUUGCGUUGCUUCUGCAUGACUGAUGACAAAGUGGACAAAACAUUGGAGCAACAAGAGAACUUUGAAGAAGUUGCAAGAAGCAAAGACAUUGAGGUUCUGGAAGGAAAACCUAUUUAUGUUGAUUGCUAUGGAAAUCUGGCCCCUUUGACUAAAGGAGGACAGCAGCUUGUUUUUAAUUUUUAUGCUUUCAAAGAAAAUAGACUGCCAUUCUCUAUCAAGGUAAGAGACACCAGCCAGGAACCUUGUGGUCGACUAUCAUUUUUGAAGGAACCAAAGACUACAAAAGGACUGCCACAAACUGCUGUUUGCAACUUGAAUAUUACUCUGCCAGCACACAAAAAGGAAACAGAGUCAGAUCAAGAUGAUGAGACGGAGAAAGCUGACCGGCGCCAGAACUUUGUCUCCCUUGCUUUACGUAAGCGCUACAGCUAUCUGACUGAGCCUGGAAUGAUUGAACGGAGUGCAGGAGCAACAAGAUCCCUACCUGCUACUUACUCAUACAAGCCAUUCUUUUCAACACGGCCAUAUCAAUCAUGGACAACAGCUCCAAUUACAGUGCCCGGGCAAACCAAAUCAGGCUUCACUUCCUUAUCAAGCUCUUCCUCUAACACUCCUACAGCUUCCCCAUUAAAAUCAAUAUGGUCUGUUUCUUCUGCUUCUCCAAUCAAAUCCACAUUAGGAGCUUCUACCACGUCUUCAGUUAAAUCUGUUAGUGAUGUAGCAUCUCCGAUUAGAUCAUUUCGGACAAUCUCUUCACCAAUAAAAACUGUGGUAUCACAGCCUCCAUACAGUAUACAGGUUACUUCAGGCUCUUUCGUCAGAGCUCCCGCAGUCACAGAAGCUGCUAGUCUAAAAGGGCUGGCGUCCACUACCACAUUCCCCUCUCGGACAUCUCCAGUGACUACAGCAGGAUCUCUCUUAGAGAGAUCGUCCAUAACCAUGACGCCUCCAGCAUCCCCCAAAUCCAACAUUAACAUGUACUCUUCAAGUUUGCCACUUAAAUCGGUCAUCACAUCAGCAUCUUCACUUUUAUCGUCCCCUCUAAAGUCAGUGGUGUCACCUGUUAAGUCAGCAGUUGAUGCUGUUUCAUCCUCUAAAGUCAUGAUGGCCUCGACUCUCUCGUCGCCAGCAAAACAUGUAGCUGGGCACACAGAUGUACCAUUGCUUAAUGGAUCUGUGUCACCUCUGAAAUACCCAUCUUCUGCCAACUUAAUAAAUGGAUCUAAAGCUGCAGCUGUUUUUCAAGACAAGAUUGCUGCAGCUGCACAUUCUGCAAGCUGUGCUGCUAACACAGUUGCUGACACGGCUGAGAGAGUGUUUUCAACAGCUACAACAAUGUCAUUUUCUCCACUCAGGUCAUUUGUAUCUUCAGCGCCAUCAGCUUUCCAGUCAAUAAGAACUCCUCCUGCAGGUGCUUUGUACACAGCCCUGGGGUCAAUAUCUGCAACUACCUCAUCAGUAACUUCAUCAACAAUAACAGUGCCGGUAUAUUCUGUAGUCAAUGUUUUGUCUGAACCAGCAUUAAAGAAGCUCCCAGAGUCGUCUUCACUUACAAAAUCAGCUGCUGCAUUACUGUCGCCUAUUAAAACAUUGACUACAGAGGCACGCACACAGCCUCCCUUUAAUCGAACUUCAUCUCCAAUAAAAUCAUCUUUGUUUUUAGCACCCUCUGCUCUCAAAUUGUCCACACCAUCUUCUUUAUCCUCCAGUCAGGAGAUACUGAAAGAUGUUGCUGAAAUGAAAGAGGAUCUAAUGAGAAUGACUGCAAUAUUGCAAACAGAUGUCACAGAGGACAAACCAUUCCAACCUGAGAUAUCGAAAGAGGGUAGAAUUGAUGAUGAAGAGCCCUUUAAAAUUGUUGAGAAAGUAAAAGAGGACUUAGUAAAAGUUAGUGAGAUUCUGAAAAAAGAUGUGUGUUUAGAAAGUAAAGGGUCAGCUAAAGUAUCCAAAAGCGAUCAAGGACACUUGUCUGAGGAUGACUGGGUAGAGUUCAGUACAGAGGAGAUUGAUGAAGCGAGACAGCAAGCUUUGACAAGCCCUCCUAUAUCUGUUCCAGAGAAGGUCCAAAUUAAAACUAAAACCAUGUCGGAAAAGGAUUAUAACUUGUCAAAAGUUAUUGAUUACUUAGCAAAUGAUAUUGGUAGCAGUUCACUAACAAACAUAAAGUACAAGUUUGAAGAGGGGAAAAAAGAAGGCGAAGAGAGACAAAAACGUGUUUUAAAACCAGCUAUUGCUUUGCAGGAACAUAAACUUAAAAUGCCUCCAGCCUCCAUGAGGCCUUCAACAUCAGAAAAGGAGUUAUGUAAAAUUGCAGAUUCCUUUUUUGGAACAGACACUAUUUUAGAGUCUCCAGAUGACUUUUCUCAACAUGAUCAAGAUAAAAGUCCCUUAUCUGACAGUGGAUUUGAAACGAGGAGUGAAAAGACACCUUCUGCCCCACAAAGUGCUGAAAGCACAGGGCCAAAACCACUUUUCCAUGAUGUACCCAUCCCUCCCGUCAUUACAGAAACAAGAACUGAAGUAGUUCACGUUAUCCGCAGCUACGAACCAUCAUCUGAAGAAAUUCCAGAGCAGAAAGCAGAGGAGCUACCAGCCUCAAAACCUGCCCCUACAUUCAUGGAGCUGGAGCAAAAACCUGCUGGAUCUAUUAAAGAGAAGGUUAAAGCUUUUCAAAUGAAAGCCAGCAACAGCGAAGAAGAUGACCGUAAGUGUGUCCUUAGUAAAGGUGUCCGAGUAAAAGAAGAAACUCAUAUAACUACGACGACUAGGAUGGUUUAUCAUAAACCUCCAUGCACUGAAAGCACGUCUGAAAGAAUUGAGGAAACAAUGUCUGUUCAUGACAUAAUGAAAGCCUUUCAGUCUGGACGUGAUCCUUCCAAAGAACUGGCAGGUCUGUUUGAACACAAAUCAUCAGUAACUUCCGAUGUUAGCAAGUCUGUUGAAACUUCACCACAACAUGCAGAGAAGGACAGCAAAAUGAAACCCAAACUGGAGCGAAUAAUAGAAGUCCAUAUUGAAAAAGGUAAUCAGGCAGAACCUACUGAAGUCAUUAUUAGAGAAACAAAAAAGCAUCCAGAAAAAGAAAUGUAUGUAUAUCAGAAAGACUUACCUCGGGGAGAUAUUAACUUAAAAGAGUUGGAAAAACAUGAUGCUUUUCCUUGUUCAGACGAACAAGGUCAGCAAGAAGAAGAGGAGCUCACAGCUGAAGAGUCACUUCCUUCUUAUCUGGAAUCCUCUAGAGUUAACACUCCUGUGUCCCAGGAAGAAGACAGUCGCCCUAGUUCUGCUCAACUCAUGUCUGAUGACUCUUACAAAACACUGAAGCUUUUGAGUCAGCACUCGAUAGAAUACCAUGAUGAUGAGUUGUCAGAACUAAGAGGGGAGUCUUACAGGUUUGCUGAGAAAAUGCUUCUUUCAGAAAAGCUAGAUGUGUCUCAUUCUGAUACUGAGGAGUCAGUUACUGACCAUGCUCUACCCCUUAGUGCAGAGUUACAGGGGUCUGAUAAACGAUGCAGAGAAAAAGUAGCUACUGCCCCCAAAAAAGAGAUUCUCUCCAAAAUCUAUAAAGAUGUAUCUGAAAAUGGUGUAGGUAAAAUGUCUAAAGAUGAUCACUUUGAUAAAGUGACAGUUUUGCACUACACUGGAGAUGUUAGUAGCCCAAAACAUGCGAUGUGGAUGCGCUUUACAGAGGACAGAUUAGACAGAGGUAGAGAAAAGCUGACAUAUGAAGACAGGGUGGACAGGACUGUUAAAGAGGCAGAAGAAAAACUGACUGAAGUAUCACAGUUUUUUCGGGACAAAACAGAGAAGUUGAAUGAUGAGCUCCAGUCUCCGGAGAAAAAGCAGCACAAAAAAAAUGGCAAAGAAAUACAUUCUAGCCAGAGCUCUGCCAGCAGCAGCCCUGAGAAAGUUCUGCUCUCUGAAUUGCCAUCAUCUGGUGAUGAGUGGACUAAGGUGAAGCAGUAUGCACAUGAUGGGAAAUGCUUUCCCAAGGUGGAUGAAAGAAAAGCAUCCAGUUUGCCCAGCAGUCCUGAAAAAAGGAUAUUUGUGCAACCUGCAGAGGACUCUAAACAAACUAUGGAACACAAAGGAGGUGCCCAGCAGACUGGAGUACCUGAGGUUUCACAGACUGGAUUUCAGCUGAAGCAAUCAAAGCUCAGUUCCAUUAGGCUUAAAUUUGAACAAGGUAUAAGUCCAAGGAGUAAGGACCUAACUCAAGAAGAAAAAAAGCUGGACAGUCAGUCCAAAAUUCCAGUAAAGAAAUUGCAAGAAAGUAAGUUACCAGUGUAUCAGUUUUAUUCCAGAGAGAAACAUGCCAAGCAAGUAGAGCUCACUGAUGGGAGCACAGCUUUACAGAAAGAGGUGAAAACACAGGAAGAUUUUGUUCUAGGUAAAGGGAAAGCUAUCGAAGACUUUCGUGCUUCAGACACACAAAAACAAAGAACUGAGAUGAGUAAAGGCACGCUAGAGUGCUUUUCAGAACCGCAGGCAAAAGACUUGGUGUAUGGCUCAGACUCAACAAUGAAGGGACACUGGGACAAAAAAAUCUACAGGACUUGGGAAAGUCCUGGAACUUCUAACCAUAAAACACAAAAAGAAAAACUUUCACAUGUGCUGGUUCCAGAUACAGUAAAAGAAAACCAUGUUGAUCACGCUGAAGCUAAAGCUGACAAAAAAAGUGAAUUUAUCACUGUGACAGAGCACAAACUGGCAGCAAAUGGAAUUCAUUCAGAAGAAGUUAAGGAACUGACUGUAAAAUCUCCCUCAAAAAGGGUUUUAUACAGAGAAUUUGUUGUCAGAGAGGGGGAACGUAAUGGUGAAGUGGCUGGUAAAAUAUCCAAAAGGAAAGAAGAAAUUGCUGUGUCCCAUAUUCCAGUCAGAAUUCUUGAGGAGAAGAGAACCAUGCUUGAUGGUGUCUAUGAACUUUCAGCUAAAGUAUCCCAAUCAGCUGUGAUUAAAGAGAAAGUUGAGAGGCAGAUUGAUUAUGUGGAAGAUGAAAAAAUAAAGCAUUCAGAAAUCAGAAAAGUUACCAAGCAGCAGAGCUCGAUAGGUCUAAGUCCUCCUGUUGAGGAAACUGAGAUAUCCCCUAGCAAAUCACCAGACUCUUUAGAAUGUAGUCCAGGAAAGGAAUUUCCUUCGAGUGAGUUAGUUGACCCUGGUGCCAGCGAUUACUUAGAUAAAGUUGCACCACUAGUAAGCACUGAGGGAGUAAAAGAAAUUAAGACCUUACCUGUUUAUGUCAGUUUUGUUCAAGUAGGAAAGCAAUAUGAGAAAGAGGUGCAACAAGGAAAUAUUAAAAAAAUUGUCAGUCAGGAGAGUAAGACAGUACAAGAGACAAGGGGGACAUUUUACACAGCUAGACAGCAAAAACAACCUCCUUCUCCCCAAGGCAGUCCAGAAGAUGACACACUAGAGCAAGUGUCCUUUAUAGAUAGCUCUGGUAAAAGCCCUUUAACACCAGAAACACCGAGUUCAGAGGAAGUGAGUUACGAGUUUACGUCUAAAACACCUGACUCACUAAUAGCUUAUAUUCCAGGCAAGCCCAGUCCUAUACCCGAGGUAUCUGAGGAAUCAGAGGAGGAAGCAGAGGCUAAGUCAACAUCUGUAAAACAGGCAGAAGUUGAGGAACCACACAUUGACAAAGUAUUACCUAACCAUAUAAAUAAGGACUCUAACAAAAGACCCAAAGGUAACAGAGUUGCCUACAUUGAAUUCCCUCCUCCUCCACCACUGGAUGCAGAUCAAGGCGAGUCAGAAAAGAAGCCUCACCAUUCCACUGAGAGUGAAAUGGAAAUGACAGAAGUGAACUUGCAAGAUGAACAUGAAAAAUGCCAAUUGGCUGAACCUGUCAUAAGAGUACAGCCGCCAUCUCCUGUGCCACCGGGAGCAGAUGUCAGCGACUCCAGUGAUGAUGAAUCUCUCUAUCAACCUGUUCCACUUAAAAAGUAUACAUUCAAACUGAAAGAACUGGAAGAUGACCAGAAAGAAACCUCAAAACCCCGAGCCCCUGAAAAGACUGAGAAACAGAAGGAGUUAGGACAUCCUACUUUAGGGAAACCUAAUGAGUUUGACGUUGGGCUUGAUUCACCCCAGAAUGAUGUAGUGCAAAAUGGGAAUAAUAAUGACCAGUCUGUCACAGAGUGUUCCAUAGCAACCACUGCAGAAUUCUCCCAUGAUACCGAUGCAACUGAGAUUGACUCUCUUGAUGGUUAUGAUUUGCAAGAUGAAGAUGAUGGUUUAACUGAGAGUGAUUCUAAACUUGCAGGUCCAGCAGUUGAAACUAAAAAGGACGUAUGGACUACAGAAGGCAUUGUAAAGCAGACUGAUCGCUGCUUUAGUCAGAGUAAGCUUGAAGUCAUUGAGGAGGAAGGCAAGGUAGGCCCUGAAGAAGACAAGGUGCCUUCGAAGGGUCCCGCUUCUGAAAGAGCUGGAGAUAAGAGUGAACAGAAGUCAGGGGCACAGUUUUUCACUUUGGAAGGCAGACACCCUGACAGGACUGUAUUUCCUGAUACAUAUUUCAGUUACAAAGUAGAUGAAGAAUUUGCAACACCUUUCAAAACAGUGGCCACCAAGAGUCUAGAUUUUGAUCCGUGGUCCAAUAACCGAGGUGACGAUGAAGUGUUUGAGACUAAAUCAAGGGAUGAUGAGGCUAAGCCAUUUGGUCUGGCAGUGGAAGACAGAUCUCAAGCAACAACACCUGAUACAACUCCAGCCAGAACUCCUACAGAUGAAAGUACGCCAACUAGCGAGCCCAACCCCUUCCCAUUUCAUGAAGGGAAGAUGUUUGAGAUGACUCGCAGUGGUGCAAUUGACAUGAGCAAGAGGGAUUUUGUUGAAGAAAGACUCCAAUUUUUUCAGAUUGGUGAGCAUACUUCUGAAGGGAAGUCAGGGGACAAGGGGGAAGGGGAUAAAAGUACAAUCACUGCCAUCACACAGCCACAGGCAGGGGACAACACUGUAGAAACAAACCUAGAGACACCAGUAGAAACAACAGCAGUUGAACAUAAGCCCAACAUCCAGGCCAGUGGAGAUUGCAUGGAACAAACACUUGGUAGUAACUCACUGGAAAAAUCAUCGGCAGCAGUAAACGCUUCUAAAGUUGAUCCCAAAUUGCGCACACCAAUUAAAAUGGGAAUUUCUGCUUCCACCAUGACUCUGAAGAAAGAUGGCCCUGGCGAAGUGACAGAUAAGAUAGAAGCUGUGAUGCCAAGUGGUCAGGGAUUAGAAAAUGAAACUGUAGCAGUGAUUGCGAGUUCAGCUUCUAGCCAGACAAGCUGUAGGCAAACAGAAAACACUGAUUUUCCCAAAGAUAAUUUUAAUAACAACAACAAUUUGGAUUCAUCUGCUGUCCCUACAGAUGAUAUUACCUGUAAUGUAGUGCUAAAAGAACAUUUGGAACCAAAAUGUUCCCUCCAGAAAGCUAAUCAAGCAAAAAGCACUUCAGGAAAAGGUACAGGGACAACACAAGGACACAGAGUAACAGAUAAACAAAAACCACAUGGGGAGCAGCAAAAGUCAAGAGAGUUGGUAGGGGCUAGAGGAAAAUCAAAGCUUCCUGUAAAGGCCAGCUCAGUAAAAGAAGUCUUUUCACAGAAUAACCUCCAAAGCAAUACAGGGAGUAAAGUGAGAGGGACUAGUAAGCCUGACAAAGCAAAACAAAAUAAUUCUUCUCCCUGUCUAGAAGCAAGGUCUAGGAUUCCUGUAAAAAAUACACAUAGGAGUAAUCUAGCUAGAAGAACUCCGGCCCUGCCAAAACAAGAGCAGGUAGAAAAAGAAAAAACAAACCAUCUUCCUUCUAAAUUACCAGUAAAGGUAAGAUCUACCUCAGUCACCGUGACAACAGUUAAAGUAAGGAAAAAUCAGCUUAGGGAGGUAUGUAAACAUUCUAUUGAAUAUUUUAAGGGAAUUAGUGGUGAGACAUUAAAGCUUGUGGAUCGUCUGUCUGAUGAAGAGAAAAAGAUGCAGUCAGAGGUCUCUGAUGAUGAAGAAGACAGUACAUCAAGGAACACAUCCUUAUCAGAAGCUACUCAAGUUUACCAGCCUUCCAUUACAUCGAAGUCUGCUAGAGACAUGAGAACAGAGGCAGCAUCUAUAAAAUCAAAGAUUGAAAAGGCCGACAGUGAGAGGAGGAGGAGUAAGAGGACUGGUCCACAGAGUCCAUGUGAACGGACAGAUAUAAGGAUGGCAAUUGUAGCUGAUCACCUAGGACUUAGCUGGACAGAACUGGCAAGAGAACUGAAUUUUUCUGUGGAUGAAAUAAACCAAAUCCGAGUAGAAAACCCAAAUUCUCUUAUUGCUCAAAGCUUCAUGUUAUUAAAAAAAUGGGUUACCAGAGAUGGGAAAAAUGCUACAA